AUGGCUUGUUCUUCUUUGCCUGAAAAUGUACUCUCCGUUCAGCAAAAGCUAAUCGAUGAGCUCGUUCGAGGUCGCGAAAUUGCCAAUCAACUCCAAACUUUGCUUUCUCAGUCCCUUGGUGAUGAUUGGUCUGUAGUAAAUUCUGCAGAAUAUCUGGUUUUGAGGAUAAUGGAGUCGUUUACGAAUACCCUUUUCAUGUUAAACGGAAACAACCCCGAUGAGACCGUUGUUUUUCAGAUUCAGGCCACUGGUUCUCACGUCGAUUCCCCAUGUUUGGAUGGUUGGAAAAUAUCUGAAGAUUCCGAGAAAAGUUGCAGGACUAGUGUUUUUACUAUGAAAGAUACCGGGGUUUGCUACAAGAGACGGAAGACGGUCUACACGUGGCAAAGAGAAACUUCAACUCUGACUGAUGAUGGGCAUGCAUGGAGAAAGUACGGACAAAAAAUGAUUAUUAAAGGCAAACAUCCCAGACACUACUAUAGGUGCACAAACAAGUAUGAUCAAGGAUGCCAAGCAACCAAACAAGUCCAGAAAAUUCAAGAGAGUCCUCCAAUCUUCAGGACAACAUAUUGUGGGCACCACAUAUGCAGAAACCUCCUUAGAGCUCCUGAACUCGUCUUUGAUUCUACUAGUCCUAACCAAGACUCUUCUCUACUUCUUAGCUUCAAAGACUCCAAUAAUCUCAAGAACUUCACACCCCAACAAGCACACCAUUUUAAUUUCUCAUCGUUCACAUCGGUAAAAGACGACGUAACGGAUGCCUCUAAUAACAACAUGAUGGUAUCCGGUCGGAGUAACCGGUCAUCCUCCUCGGAUUAUAUUGUCACACCUGAUCAAUUUUGUCUCACCGAUCAUGGCCAUGAUGAUGAACUAAUCACGGCAUUUAACCAAUCUCCCGGACAGUACAUGACGGCGUUGUCACCAAAUUUGGACUUUGAUAUCCAGUGGGAUCUGAUGUCUGGGGUGAUGUCUUUUGAUGACGGUGAUGUCUUUUAA